GCAGAUCAAGCGAGGAAUCAUGGAGCGCCACAGGACGCGCUGGAGACACUCACCAACGCGGCGGGGAAACUGACAGUUUGGGAUGAAUUUCUAAGUUGCAUUCAGACACUUGUGGAGAGAUUCAGAUCGGGUUUUGCACCAACCGCAAAUAACCGACGGGUUAUUUACACAGCAGACUUGGACUGAUCUGCUUACGGGCAUCGGAGGGUUAGACGCACCAGCACGGGAGACAGCGACCGGUGAACCGGAGCGGACAUGAAUUGGGGCUCCUUUUGGAGCACGCGUGCAAACAUUUCACUUUGUUUUGGGCAAACAAAGUGGCUUGAGCGCGCUGCGUAAAUCCCUACUAGUUCCAUGCCACAUGCCAUUACAAGGACGAGUUUUCUGCAAGGCAACUGAGCGGACCAGAGAACUGAACAGCUCGGAACAAUGGUGAAGUUCCAUAACUCGGACCUUUGGAUAGCCUGGAUGGUUAUUUUCUGCAUGGAGGGUUCAAGGUUUGACGCACUCACUGGAAAAGUGAGCGUACGCGCGCUGGAUGUGAUGGUGUCACAGAGCAGUAUCCAGGUAGCCCGAGGCCAAGCAGCCGUCCUGCCUUGCUCCUUCACCACAAGCGCUGCUCUCAACAACCUCAACAUCAUCUGGAUGGUGAUCCCACUGUCCAAUGCCAACCAGCCAGAACAGGUGAUAAUCUACCAGGGCGGCCAGGUGUUCAGCCUCGCAAACCACCUCAAUGGUCGUGUGGGUUUUGUGUCCACCAUGCCAAGUACAAGUGCCUCCAUCUUUAUUAACAACACCCAACUGACAGACACCGGAACCUACCAGUGUCUGGUCAACAACCUCCCGGACAGAGGGGGGCGCAAUAUUGGUGUCAUCGGGCUCACUGUCCUAGUGCCCCCCUCGGUGCCAGCAUGUCGACUCCAGGGAACGCUGGAUGUGGGCAGCGACAUCAUGCUGUUUUGCAGUUCAGAUGAAGGUAUUCCAACCCCAUCCUACUCGUGGGAGAAGCUAGACGCUCUGCCCAAGCUGCCGCACAACGCCAUGCAAGACCAGAUGCAGGGCACUGUGACGCUGAGAAACAUCAGCACCAGUACCUCAGGACUCUACCAGUGCACGUCCACCAAUGCCAUUGGCAAGAGCACAUGCCUGCUCAAUCUUCAGGUUGUUCCGCCCCAACCUCAGAGUGUGGGCCUGAUAGCCGGUACCAUUGCAACUGGAGUGCUGGCACUCAUCAUCUGCUGCCUGUUAGUGGUGGUCACCCUCUACUACUGGAAGAAUAAGAAUAAAUACGAGGAGGAGGAGAUACCUAAUGAGAUCAGGGAAGACGACCUCCCCCCAAAGAGGUCGUCAUCGGUGAAAGCGUUCCAUGCCGAUGCCUCAUCCUCAGAGAACGACACCUUGACCUCCACCAACACCUACAACAGUCGCUACUGGCACAACCCCAAACCCAACUAUGACACCAACUCAUACACACGGUACAACGGAGACACGCGACAGACCUUCGCCACAGCUGUCCAUGGCGCACACGGGCACAGACAGUCCCAGAAUCCGGGCCACGGGCACGGCCAAGCGGUCACGGCACCGGGCUCGGCCCCGUUGUCUCGUCACGCUCAGCCUGCGACGACAACAAGUUCCACCUUUGCCAACGGCAGCCACACACUCCCGCCACCCAAGACCCUGGUGGUCACGACAAACUCAGCCCCAUCUCCCCCCACCAUGGCGCGCAGCAACGGCUCCGUGAGCCUAAAGCCAGUGGUGACGCCCGCGCACGGGCAGCAUACGCACUCGUACGCCGUGAGCCAGGCCACGCUGGAGCGGAUGGGGGCGGUGCCCGUCAUGGUGCCCGCUCAAAGCAGAGCGGGCUCCCUGGUCUGAAAACUUCUCCUUGAAAACAGGACUUACAUAGUUUUUGGUUGCUUUUUAAAAUCCAAUGAUGAAAACCAAACUGAAUAUGGGCUGAAACAGCCUGCUGCCCUUUAUUUGAAUACUUCAACUGUGUCUUUCUCUACUGUGUGCUGUUCUUUUUUUUUUUUAUUCUAAAAACAAAGUAGGAUUUUUACAAUGCCAAUUUAUUUAUUAAAAUGAUCCUACCUUUUUAUUUGGAAGUAGAAGACUGGAAUUAAAUCAUCAAAUUUUUUUUUUUGUUGUUGGAUGGUUUUGUUUUCCCACAAAACCAUGCAGGCAUUUCAAGCUCAGAGUGGCGGCACUCCGUGGUUGGAUAGGGGUCAUCUCAAAUUCCUUCAUAAAUGCAUGUGUUGAAGGAUAUUUUAUGGCCACAAUUGAUGUUUGACAAAUUCAAAAAAUUGGGAUCGGAGGAUGAUGUUGAUAGUAAUGCAUUGAAAAAGUGAAUGUUGGAUGAACAUAAACAAGAAUGAUACGACUGCAAUGGCCUUAGAGAAAGAAAAUGAUAAUGACAGGCUUUAUAGAUGCAAAAUGUUGCAUAAUACAGAAUAUGUUAUCAAAUAAAAGUUUUUAUUGUGUUUAAGCACUUUUUAGAACAAUUUAGACAGCCUACCAGAACGGUCUGAUUGGUGAAAUGCUUUAUACCCAUACAACUCUUUACAUAAUGUCACUGUUCAAAGGAUGCAUCUCUAUUUUUCUGUUGUCUUAUAUAUAUAUAUAUAUUUUUUUUUUGAGAGAAAAAAAAAAUGCAGGUGCAUUUUUUUUUUUUUUAACUUCACUGUUGUCCUAAUUUGAUUUGUCACCUCUGUGCUGCUUGUUGGAAAUAUUUUUUUAUUUGAUUAAUGCUUAGUAAAAUUUACAAAUAUAUAUUUAAAACAUAAUUUCUACCCCCACACUUUACAAAGGAAGCAAUUACUGUUAUUUUUUACUGUACAUAUUGUAACUACAACUUUAGGCUAGAAUCAAAGAAAUCAUUUGAAUUUGACUCGUGUCUUAACAUUCUGUGUGGUCGGAGGCACCGGAAAAAAAUCCUGCUGAUUCACUGAAGGGAUGUUUUAUUUGUUUAAUUUCUUGCUUUAUUUUCCUCCAGGAAAUUGACAUUUUUUGUUCACAAGGCAGGUAAACCCAAUAUGUUUACGCUGUAUAUGGCAGAAAUAUAGGUUUCGAUUUUUAACCAAAUCUUCAGCAAAGGAACUCAGCUUUGACAUUUCUUGUGUGUUAACCUAAUGCAAUAUUGUCUUCUGGCAAAAAAAUGUAUUCCGCAAUUUGACGAAAGAAUUCAUGUUUUUAUUUGUAUUCCCGUUUCCUGGAUACAUUUGCAGUCGGGAAAUGCAAUCUCUUGUUGUCCUGGAAACAGGUGAGCCACUGUCAUCUUCAUGUGUCAUCGUCUAAGACCUAUUUACAUUGGGUUGAAACUAAAUCUGACUUUUAUAAUUCUGUUUAUAUUUAAUGUAUAUAAAUCGGUGCCAUUCUUCACUCAAAGGAAAAAAAAGAUGGAAAAGUUCAGAUGGAUUAUUUGAUUAGUUUAUUAGCUCGUCUAAUAUUGUGUAUGGCCAACAUGGACAAAAGUAUUAGAACAAAGUUGGACUCAUCGCACAUGUCACUUCUCUUUAAACUUGCUUAUGCUACUCAAACACAUCCAAACUAAACGGUUCCAAAAAUGACAAACGCACACAUCCUUUCUUAUUUACCUGUCAGUGUUUCCAAAUGAAGUUCAUUAAGAUUUUCUCAGCAUCUCAGCCAAUGUCCCCUCACCGUGGUUGUUAACACUGAGACGUGCUCUCAGGGUUCUGUUCUUAUUAUUCAAGGGACAAUGGCCACCUUGAAAAUCGAAAUAGGGCAAACGGUGACUAAACGACAGAUAUCCCGUGUCCAUGACCUAGCGUUGAGGUGUUAGAGUGAAUAAUGACCAAACCAAUUUGUAAAUAUGUAAAGAAAUCAAUUUGUUCUUACUGUUGGUUUGAAAUGUCAAAUAGGAAACAUAACAGUGGAACUUGUAGAGAAUAAAAUAUUGUUGAUACAA